AUGGCGGUCUAUGGCGGUCAUUCUCCUCCUGAGCUGCCCAGCCCACCCCAGAUGCAUUCUCUGCCCUUCUCGGCUGCUCUCAUGCAUCCGGCAGGACCUGCUCCUGCUGGUGUCCAGUCCGGCUGGCUGAGUAUCAGCAUACCACGCAACGUCUACGAAGGAGACCAGGUGGUUAUAAGAUGCUCCGGGGAAACAAAUGACAGGAUACAUAGACUCACGUACUACAAGGAUGGCUUUCAAAUAUCCACUUACCAUAAUGCCACAAGCCACACCAUUUCAAAUGCCAGGCGCAGCGACAGCGGCUCCUACUUCUGUAAGGCGGAGAGGACAUUAUUCCCUCCUAUCGGUGUGACAGAAGAGACCAGAACUACGUGGCUCGUUGUCCAAGAGCUGUUUCCCACCCCUGAGCUGAGAGCCAGACCCCUGCGACCCACGGAGGGCUGCUCGGUGACGCUGUCCUGUAACACCCAGCUGCCUUCGGCGAAGUCCUCCACCCAGCUUCGAUACUCCUUCAUCCGAGAUGGCCACACCCUGAGGUCAGGCUGGACCUCAGCAAGGGUCAAGAUCCCAGCGACACAGAAAAAAGACUCAGGGCAUUAUUGGUGUGAGGCCAGGACGGUGUCUCGUCGUGUCUCCAAGCAGAGCCGCCCAUCCUACAUAGAAGUGCAGAGGGUCCCUGUGUCUCAGGUUUCCAUGAAGACCCAGCCCCCAGGGGUCCAGGCAGUGGAGGGGGAGAUGCUGGUCCUUGUCUGCUCCGUGGCYAAAGGCACAGGGGUCACCACAUUCUCCUGGCACAGAGAGGACACAUCGGAGAGUCUGGGGAGGAAGACGCGGUGUUCCCAGAGAGCAGAGCUGGAGAUCCUAGUUGUCCGGGGGAGCCWCGGMGGGGGAUUCUACUGCACAGCCGACAACAGCUACGGCCCCGUGCAGAGCCGGGUGGUGAACGUCACCGUGAGGGUUCCAGUGUCACAUCCCAUCCUCACGGUCGGUGCCCCCGGGACCCGGGCCUUCGUGGGACCUGUGAUGGAGCUUCACUGUGAGGACGGGAGAGCGUCUCCCCCGAUCCUGUACUGGUUUUAUUACGAGGACGUCACCCUGGGGAACAGCUCAGCCCCUUUUGGAGGGGGAGCCUCCUUCAACUUCUCCCURACUGCAGAACAUUCUGGAUCCUACUUCUGUAAGGCUGACAACGGCCUGGGAGCCCGGCACAGUGAGCUGAUGAAACUCAAUGUCAGAGAUACUCCUCCCAAAGUCCGCUUGGUGAAUGGUCCCCACCGCUGUGCAGGGCGGGUGGAGAUGAAAAAGAAAGGUCACUGGGGUACUGUGUGUGACGACGGCUGGGACAUGAAGGAUGUGGCUGUGGUGUGUCGGGAGCUGGGCUGCGGAGCAGGCAACCACACACCUGCAGGUUUGUUGUACCCACCGGGGGCAGAAGAGGCCCAGCCCGUGCACCUUCAGCAAGCCAAGUGCAACGGGACCGAGAGGACACUGGCCGAAUGUGACCAGGACGAUAACUUCAACUGUAAACACAAGGAGGAUGCAGGGGCUUUGUGUGAAGGCUGGCUGAGUAUCAGCAUACCACGCAACGUCUACGAAGGAGACCAGGUGGUUAUAAGAUGCUCCGGGGAAACAAAUGACAGGAUACAUAGACUCACGUACUACAAGGAUGGCUUUCAAAUAUCCACUUACCAUAAUGCCACAAGCCACACCAUUUCAAAUGCCAGGCGCAGCGACAGCGGCUCCUACUUCUGUAAGGCGGAGAGGACAUUAUUCCCUCCUAUCGGUGUGACAGAAGAGACCAGAACUACGUGGCUCGUUGUCCAAGAGCUGUUUCCCACCCCUGAGCUGAGAGCCAGACCCCUGCGACCCACGGAGGGCUGCUCGGUGACGCUGUCCUGUAACACCCAGCUGCCUUCGGCGAAGUCCUCCACCCAGCUUCGAUACUCCUUCAUCCGAGAUGGCCACACCCUGAGCAACCACUGCUGUCUAUACCCUCCCCAGAAGGUGCGGAAUAAGCAGGAGUUCAGUGKAUAG